UUUCUUUGACGCACAAUUUUCAAUUUUGACGUAUGACGUUUGUACCUACUGAAUUUAAAUUUUCAUUUCUAUCUGAAAUUUGAUAAUUCCAUCUUAGAUAAAUUCAAUAAUUCAGUACCUUGAACGUUCAUAGAGAUUUGUGACUGUGUAGCAUAAUAAUAAUUACGGUUUGGGUAAUUACGGAUAUAAUAAAAUUAGAAAACGUCAAAGAUGUCGUCUUAUAAGCCCAUUGACUCGAAAAGAGAAGAAUUUAGACGGUAUUUAGAGCGUGCCGGCGUGAUGGACGCUCUAACAAAGGUUCUUGUGAGCCUUUAUGAAGAACCUGACAAACCAGAAGAUGCCCUGGAAUAUGUACGUAAACAUCUCGGUACUGACGGAGGUGAGGAUGAAUUGGAGGCAGCAAGGGCCCGCAUUGCUGAGCUCGAAGCAGAAAAUGCGAUGCUCAAAGAAGCAGCGCCAACAGAGGGCUGAAUUCUUAGUGUAUUACUAUUAAGUUGAUCUCAAUGUGAAAUGAUCUCAAACUUGUUGAUUCUAAAGAAAUAUAAGAGUACCUAAUAUACUAGAAUAAUACCUACUUAAUUUGUUAAUGAUUAAAUAUUAAGAUUGUUUUAGUUCAUGUGCUUGAAGCAC